AAAGAAAGAAAGAAAGAAAUCUUGAACAAUUCAUUCAUCCAUUCCAUUCCUCUAUGAUACAAAUAUACAUUUUCAAUUGGCAUGGCAGGAUGCAGAUUUCUAUCUUCCCUAAAAACCAAUCACAACCUCGUGCAUAUACACCGUUUUGUAUAAGUACUACUCUAUUAAUUUAUUCUUGUGUGUCGAUCAAGACUUGGUCAUGUUUUUCUUCAUUCAUUACAUUGUUUGGAACAAGUCACACCUCUGUAAUUUCUUCAUCUCCCAAAGGUUCUAUAAAUUCAUACGACACUCUUGCUUCUUCUUCUUCCCCUCAUUAUUUGCAAUCUGAUCAUCCAUGGCUGAAUUUCGGGAGUACUCGGCUUAUGCUGUCUUGUGGUUAAUUUCCAUGAUUCUAACCAGAGCUUGCCUUAAGCUGCUGCGACCUUCUGCACGCCGGCCUCCAAGCCCUCUUCCCUUGCCUGUCAUCGGACAUCUCCAUCUUCUUGCUCCAAUACCCCACCAAGCUCUAGCAAAGCUGUCAUUGCGACACGGCCCGUUAAUGCAUAUAUACCUCGGCAACGUACCUUGCCUUGUCGCCUCAUCACCGGAGAUUGCCAAAGAAUUUCUUAGAACACAUGAGGGUACCUUCUCAGAUCGACCUCAGACAUUCGCCACUGACUACCUUACUUACGGCUCUCAGGACUUCUCGUUCGCGCCGUACGGACCUUACUGGAAGUUCAUGAAGAAACUAUGUGUAUCUCAGCUUCUCGGCGGUCAGACUCUGGACCUACUGCAGCCAGUCAGGCGGCAUGAAAUUAGGCAUCUGAUUGAGAUGUUGGCGAAAAGCGCGAGUGCUGGAAAGUCAGUUGAUAUCAGUUGUGAGCUGAUGAGAAUGGCGAACAACAUGAUAUCGAGAAUGAUCAUGAGUCAGAGGUGCUCCGAGGAUGAAAACGAGGCUGGCGAGGUUAGGAAACUGGUGCACGAUGUCGCGGAGUUGACGGGGAAGUUUAACUUAUCUGACUACAUAUGGUUCUGCAAGAAUUUGGACUUGCAGGGGUUUGCGAAACGGCUGAAGGAGGUUCGAGACAGGUUCGACAGAAUGAUGGAGAAGAUCAUUGAUGAACACUUGAAUGACCGGAAGCAGGGGUCGGGUGUGAAGGAUUUGCUUGACAUUUUGCUCGAGAUUGCUGAAGAUGGAACCUCAGAGAUGAGCCUGACAAGAGAGAACAUCAAAGCAUUCAUCCUGGACUUAUUUGCUGCUGGGAGCGACACAUCGGCCCUGACAAUCGAGUGGGCACUAGCAGAGCUGAUAAACCAUCCCCACAUCUUGCAGAAGGCAGUUGAGGAGAUCGAAUCUGUCGUGGGGGGCGAUAGGCUGGUGGAAGAAUCGGACAUCCCGAAUCUGCCAUACCUUCAGGCUAUUGUGAAAGAAACACUGAGGCUUCACCCGACAGGGCCGAUGAUCGUGAGGGAAUCGAGCAAAGAGUGCAGUGUGGGAGGAUACAAAAUCCCGGCAAGGACACGGCUGUUUGUGAAUAUAUGGGCCAUCGGCAGGGAUUCCAGGCACUGGGAGAAUGCCCUGGAAUUCAGACCGGAGAGGUUUGUGGAGAAUGAGAUAGAUGUAAGGGGACAGUACUUCCAUAUGUUGCCAUUUGGGAGUGGGAGAAGAGGCUGCCCUGGAACUUCAUUGGCAUUGCAGGUUGUGCAGGCGGCGCUGGCGGCCCUGAUUCAGUGCUUUGAGUGGAAGAUUGAGAGUGUGGACAUGGAAGAAGGGCCUGGUUUGACCCUGCCCAGGGCACACCCCCUUGUCUGUGUCCCUGUCGCCAGAAUCAAUUCGUUUCCAUUUUUCGAUCGACGACAAGAAUAAG